AUGGCUCGGAUGACUCCGAUAAACGCAUUCGACCCGCUCAGCAUCAAUCUUGAAAAACAAAAACGUGCACUCUGUGCACUUCUGCCUCCCGAUUCCGUUCAUAUCCAACAUAUAACCGAGGCGAAUACACCAGCCCAUACUCUAUCCACAUUAUCUCGCCUGCUGGCUGUUCCAGCUCUCACUCUGACAAUCGCCGAUCUGUUCAGACCUCUUUUGAUUGAUUUAUGCGCCAGAUGGCUUCACGACGAUGACGAUAUUGAAGACAGGUUCAUCGCGUUUUGUCUCAUUAUUGAGCUUCAUGAGGAGCUAUACCCAUGCUUAUAUGCUUUUUUGCAAAAACCAUGUCUAUCCAAUGGACCACUUGCUUUCAUAGCUGCGGCUCCUUCGGUUGCCGAAAUUGAAACCACUCGUCUGCACCGCAUGUUGCUCGCAUAUUAUCGCCUUCUUCGCGCUAAUCGUCUCCUGCCCAAGCAUCUGCUAUGGGACGGGUCGCUAUUAUCCAAACUACUCUUCCCGCCUCACCCUGAUACAGGUGUACGAUUGCUCGCUGCUCGGUGCUAUGCAUCGCAUGUUGGUAUGGCAGAAAUCGAGCGCGAGAGGCUCAUCACCCAUGUUCUCGGCGAGUUUUGCGGCGUUGAUUGUCCGAUUUACUAUGCCCAGACUAUCGACGGAACUGUCAUCGAGACCGAUGGUUGGCUCGUGCCUACAUUGGAAAUAAAGCGUAUUCAUGACGCACGCGACGCUAUUCUCGAAAGUUCGGAUUUUUACUCUCUUGAUGCAGAGGAUGUAUCGCAGCCUCUCUCAGAGGCAAACCUGAGUCCCUGGAUUGCUAAUAUCCAUGGUUUAUUGAUGCUCAAGUCAUCUCCAACUGUGCCUUCCCCUUCAGACAUCAUUGCAACACCUUCCGCUAUCGCUGCUCUACGUGAGAUUGCAGCACACCUUUCUCUCCGCUUGCCCAUCCUCCUAUCUUCUCCACCUUCAUCAGGAAAAUCACUCUCCAUAUCCCAUCUCGCUUCCUGCUUACAUCCAGCGAUGCCAGUCAGUGAGCUCAUCGUAACCGUUCACCUAGCCGACACGUCCCUCGAUCCUCGGGCCCUUCUUGGCUCCUACGUUUCUUCGCCAACACAACUGGGGACUUUUGAGUGGAAGGAUGGUGUACUCGUGCGCGCACUACGCGAGGGGCGCUGGCUGGUGCUUUCUGACAUAGAUCGUGCUAGCAUGGAAGUUCUAGCUCUGCUGAAACCGCUUAUCGAGAGUAUGGGCCUUGGGAAUUGGAUUGGACACCGCGCAGGUCUGGAGGUCCCCGGCAAGGGUCGCGUCGAGGCGCGUGAAGGUUUUGCGCUCUUUGCCACUCGAUCGUUUGCUGUUGGGCACGGAAAGAAGGUGCCUCCCCCAACAUUCUUUGGUUCCCAUAAAUGGCAUGAAGUGAUGGUGGACGCACCAGACGCAGAAGAGGUAAAAUCUAUUAUAGAAAGCAAGUUCCCGAAGGUUGCGGGGGCUGCUGCAGCUCUUAUCAAGCUAUGGGAUGAUGUGCAAGCACUCGGCUCAACGUCAUCUUCGCGUCCUGUUGGGCUACGUGAACUUCAGAAGUUUUGCCAGCGAGUUGAGCGCCUUCUGCCGUCCAGCCAUACAGUGGAUGUGAACAUGGAUACCGACAUCCAGAUACCACUCUCAACCAUCUUCCCUAAUCCUAGUCUUCGUGAAGAAAUGUUUCUCGAGGCCCGUGAUGUCUUUUUCGGUGCGGGCACUCUCACCGCGUCUGCGCGUGCACACUCUGUGCGAGUCUCCUCUGCCAUUGGGGCGCACUUGGAUCUGGAUGCAGAGCGGCAGGAAUGGUUGCUUCUAAAACACACAUCGGAUUUCGAAAUUGAGAAAGAUGUCAACGGAGAUGUGCUCGCAGCACGCUGUGGACGCACACGUCUCCCCGCUCGUCCCAUGAAGGGCAUGAGCCUUGGUGCAUCCGCACGACCCUUCGCGUUGCACAAGCCAGCUCUGUUACUCCUUUCGCGUAUCAGCACUGCACUAGCGCUGUCCGAGCCCGUCCUGCUUACUGGUGAGACUGGUACGGGUAAGACGAGCGCAGUAACAUACCUUGCAUCAUUAUUGAGGCGUCCACUGAUUUCCCUGAAUCUCUCACACCAGACGGAAGCUUCGGAUCUUCUGGGAGGCUUUCGCCCUGUCGAUGCACGUGUCAGGGGGAGCGAGUUGAUGGAACAUUGGAGCGACUUAUUCGGGAGAACGUUCAGCCGUAAGCGCAAUGCUGGCUUCGAGGAUGGUUUAAGGAAAGCUGUGAGGGAAGGGCGAUGGAAGAGGGCUGUUGGCAUGUGGAAGGAGAGUGGAAAGAUGGCAAGGGAGAGAAUCCGAGGCAAGGUUGAAGCAGAUGUAGGGGAGAACGACUCUGACGCGCCGAGGAAACGAAGGAAAGUCGAGGCCGAAAUGAAGGUCUCCGAAGCGGACUGGGAACGGUUUGAUAGAGAUGUGGAUGAAUUUGACCUUCAACAUGCACAAGGGAAAGGCAAAUUCACGUUUGAUUUUGUGGAGGGUCCACUUGUGAAGGCUCUACGUGCUGGUGAUUGGGUUCUCCUUGAUGAGAUUAACCUGGCAAGUCCCGAGACGCUGGAGUGUAUCACAGGUCUCCUGCGCGGUCCAACAGCCUCGAUCACACUUACUGAGCAAGGCUCCCUGUCUGCUGUUCCACGCCAUCAUGAUUUCCGUCUUUUCGCAUGCAUGAAUCCCGCUACCGACGUCGGCAAGAAAGACCUUCCGCCCACUAUCCGCGCACGCUUCACAGAAAUCGAUGUCCCUCCCCCUGAUGCAGAUCGCGAGACUCUUCUCAGUAUUGUUUCACAGUAUAUCGGAGCAAGUGCGGUUGGUGAUAAAGGUGCUGUGAUGGAUGUUGCAGAGUUCUACAUCUCUGUCAAGGGUGCAGAGCUUGCAGAUGGCUCAAACAAGAAGCCACAUUACAGUAUGCGCACCUUGGCGAGAGCUUUGACGUUUGCUGCAGAUAUUGCAGGGAUGUUCGGCUUGCGACGGGCACUUUGGGAGGGGAUGUUGAUGGCAUUCACUAUGGUGUUAGACGGGGGAAGCGCAGAAAUUGUCACUGUCCUUGCGCAGAAGUAUAUCCUUGCUGGUGUCCGUAAUCCUCGAUCGUUGCUUGCCAGGGAACCGAGUUUUCCUCCUGGGCGGUCUAUGGAAGAAUUCGUCAAGUUUGGACCAUUUUUUCUUGAGAAGGGACCACUCCCCGAGGAUCCCAUGGAGGAAUAUAUUAUGACACCAUCAGUCGAGAAGAAGCUCAUCGACCUCGCAAGAAUCGUUUUAACUCGACGCUUUCCUGUGCUGAUUGAGGGACCCACCUCAGCCGGCAAGACGAGUGCAGUGGAGUACCUCGCUCGCAGAACCGGUCACAAUUUCAUCCGUAUCAACAACCAUGAGCACACUGACGUGCAGGAAUACCUCGGUUCAUACGUUUCUGACCCUGCCACUGGAAAGCUCGUGUUUAAAGAUGGCUUGCUGGUCCAUGCUCUGCGACAUGGACAUUGGAUUGUACUGGACGAGCUGAACUUGGCACCUACAGACGUAUUGGAAGCUCUUAACCGGCUGCUAGAUGACAAUCGGGAACUUAUCGUUCCGGAGACGCAAGAGAUUAUUCGCCCGCAUCCACACUUCAUGCUAUUCGCAACGCAGAAUCCUCCUGGCCUAUAUGCAGGGAGGAAGGUUUUAUCCCGUGCCUUCCGAAACCGUUUCCUCGAGGUUCACUUCCAGGAUGUGCCCCAAGCUGAGCUUGAAACUAUUCUCUGCCAGCGUUGCCGUAUCGCGCCUUCCUAUGGCCAGAAAAUUGUCAGCGUGUUCCGUGAAUUGCAGAAACGUCGUCAGUCGAGUCGCGUUUUCGAGAGCAAGCAAGGUUUUGCAACUCUCCGUGAUCUCUUCAGAUGGGCCGGUCGUGAUGCAGUGGGCUAUCAAGAGUUGGCAGAGAAUGGGUAUAUGCUACUUGCGGAACGUGCACGACGCGAGGACGACAAAGUUGUGGUGAAGGAGGUGAUAGAGUCCAUCAUGAAGGUCCGCAUCGACGAGCGGGCAAUCUACAAUAUUCAUUCCACAGUAGAGGAUGCACAGACCUUUUUAGGAUGCCCCAUACCGUCAGACUCAAAGGUUGUCUGGACUAGUGCGAUGCAACGGCUCUUCGUCCUGGUGUCGCGUGCUCUACGGUUCAACGAACCCGUGCUUUUGGUAGGAGAGACGGGUUCUGGGAAGACAUCUGUCUGUCAGCUCUAUACGGAAGCCAUCUCCAAGCAUUUGUACGCACUAAACUGCCACCAAAACACAGAAACUGCAGACCUCAUCGGCGGCCUGCGGCCUGUACGCGACCGUGCCUCAGCCGAAGCUAACAUUAUCCGUGAUGCUAAUACCAUCCUUGAGCGCGCGGGCAUCGACGACAUACCUUCUGAUUCCCAACAACUCUUGUCCCGAAUAAAUACACUCCUGAAGACAGGCAAGGACUUGGACCCGUCGCUCCUGGGUUCCUUACGCGAUAUUCGGGAGAGCCUCAAUCGGAUCUGCUGUCUGUUUGAAUGGCAUGAUGGGCCGUUAGUCCGCGCAAUGCGUGAAGGACACGUUUUCCUUCUCGACGAGAUUUCCCUUGCCGACGAUUCUGUGCUAGAGCGUCUGAAUAGCGUCCUGGAACCUGGUCGCACGAUCGUGCUUGCAGAACGUGGCGGUAUUGAUGGUGAUUACCCUGCUAUACAUGCUUCCAACGAGUUCAAGUUGCUUGCUACCAUGAAUCCGGGUGGUGACUAUGGGAAGAAGGAGUUAUCUCCUGCUCUACGAAACCGUUUUACGGAGAUUUGGGUACCAGCCGUAACCAGUCAAGCGGAUUUGCGGUUGAUUGUUGACCAGUCAUGGAAGCACGACACCAUGAAGCCGUUUACGGGUCCGCUCUUGCAGUUUACUGACUGGCUUCGGGAAAGAGUUCAUGACCCUGCUAUUUGCUCCCUGCGAGAUAUAUUGGCUUGGGUGACGUUUGCUAAUGCUGCGUACUCUGGCAGUGUAGAAUUGAUCAUGUCUCCAACAGAAAUAUUCCAUCAUGCGGCCCAUAUGACUUUCCUCGACGGUUUUGGAUCCUUGCCACAGCUAACUUCUUACUCGUCUGAUGCGCUAAGUCAACUGAGGAAUGAUGCCAUUGAGAAGCUGCAGAUGCUUGUGCCAUUCAAGGAAGCCAAUACGGCAUGUGCUUAUGAUGCAUCAAACUUCGUGCAGCUUGGAUCUUUUGCCAUCCCUAAAGGCCCAUUAAAAUCGGUAUUGCAUAACUUCAAUCUGGAUGCGCCAACUGCUCGUGAGAACGCAAUGCGAGUGGUCAGGGCAUGUCAGGUCUCCAAGCCGGUCCUCCUAGAAGGCAGUCCAGGCGUCGGGAAAACCAGCCUCAUUACUACUCUUGCCACGCUUUCAGGAUAUCACCUUUGUCGGAUCAAUUUGUCCGACCAAACGGAUCUCAUGGAUCUCUUCGGUUCUGACCUUCCUGUUGAGAAUGGCUCUCCAGGAGAAUUCGCCUGGAAAGAUGCCGAGUUCUUAACAGCUAUGCAAGAAGGACAUUGGGUUCUCCUCGAUGAGAUGAAUCUCGCGCCCCAGGCUAUUCUCGAGGGGCUUAAUGCUGUUCUAGACCACCGAGGUACUGUAUACAUUCCCGAGCUUGGGAGAUCCUUUGUUCGGCAUCCCGCUUUCCGUGUUUUUGCAGCACAAAAUCCACUCCAACAAGGAGGAGGUCGUAAAGGACUUCCAAAGUCCUUUCUGGACCGGUUCACGAAAGUUUAUAUUGAGGAGCUAUCUCCUGAAGAUCUUCUUCUUGUCUGCCGAGAGCGUUUCAGGGGUUGUGAUGAGGACAUGCUACGCGCCAUGAUCACAUACAACAGCCGCCUGAAUCAGGAAGUUGUACACAAGAGGACUUUUGGUCGCGACGGCAGUCCUUGGGAAUUCAACCUUCGCGAUGUUCUCCGCUGGGGGGAGCUAUUGCAAUCAUCGCCAAUUUCACAACAUCCUCGAGAUUUCCUGCGAGUCAUCUACCUCAACAGGUUUAGGACUCUCGCUGAUCGUAACUGCGCUCAACGAUUGUUUGAUGAAACCUUUUCUUCAUCUAGCCCGACUAUCCUUCACAAUCCGCAUCCUGUCAUAUCAUCGUCACACUUCCGUGUCGGGCACUACCUCGUAGAGCGACGUAACAAUACCCUUAGCGUUCGACCCAGGUGCCUACUACAAGCGCACCUUGCUACACUAGAAGCCAUUGGGGCAUGUCUCUCUAGGUCGUGGUUAGUCAUUGUUACAGGACGACACGACAGCGGUAAGUCAGAGCUGAUCCGUACUAUUGCUGAUCUUUCGGGGAACAUCCUUCAUGAGAUAACCAUCACGUGUUCCACUGAUACUAUGGAUAUCCUUGGAGGUUUCGAGCAAAUGGAUCAUCGUGCGCGGGUACUUGCUCUCGUUCAAGACAUCGUCAGUUUUGGAGAAAGUCGUUCUAGAUGCCUGUCCAGUUGUGCCACCGAUCACCAGACUUAUCUUUCGCUUCGUCUCGGGUUAUACUCAUCACCCCCUCCCUCUUCCAACUCCCUCCUCCAUUCUGCAGCACAAGUGCUAUCCAUCUUCGCUGACCAAAAUUCUACGGAUGAAGCACAGGCCUUGCUGUAUCGCGUUCGGCAAUUAUCGUCCAUGGUGACAUCAAAUGGCCAAUUUGAAUGGGUCGACGGACCUCUCGUACGUGCAAUCAAGCUAGGACAUUGGGUAGUUCUGGACGGCGCGAAUCUUUGUAAUCCUUCCGUCCUCGAUCGACUGAACUCUCUUUGUGAACCUGGUGGAGUUCUCGUUCUCAGUGAGAGAGGAUAUGUCAAUGGUACGGUACAAACUCUCAGACCGCAUCCCAACUUUCGCAUGUUUAUGACAUCUGACCCUCGAUAUGGCGAGCUAUCGCGUGCGAUGCGAAAUCGUGGUAUUGAGGUGUCAUUGGCCGCUUCCUUCUCCACAGAAGACGAACUUCGCCUCCGACUUCAUUGUCGACUUCCUACGACUGUCUUAGGCACAGGUCCUUCUUUCGCAGUAACAUAUGAGCUCGCACGCAGAGGAAUCUACCACACUCAUCGCGGGGAAGGUAGCAACUCUUGGCCGUCUGGGUUAUUUGAAGAAGAGUCUUCUACAUCUUCGUUGAUUACUCUGGCACCGUUUCUUCAACCAUCCAAACCAGACCUGCGCGCUAUGAUUCAUUUCAUACUAAGGACAAUCUCUUUGAAUGUAUCUUCUUCGUUGCGGCGCUUUAUGAAGUUGGCAAUACCUCCGUGCUCAUCACAGUCUAUCUUGGACAGUGCCCUUUCCUCGGGGGCUUUCAAGCUCCUUUCUGAGUGGCGAAAAUAUCUCCUUGCUUCCCAAGUGACGAACGACGCUGUUACAGCUUCGCCAAUGGACAUUUUCAUGGUCUGUCCGCCAUGCAAGUUCUGCAGUCAUGAAAACGGACACCACCCAAUACACUUGAUUCUCCUUCAAACUUUGAACUUGAUCGCUGCAAUAUUCAUCGACGACACUGAGCGAGCUGAGAUGUCACAAGAACUGCACGGCAUAGGUGCGAGCAAGAUAACUUUACCAACACGUCAGCAACAUCCAACAUAUUUACGACUGUUGGAUGCUAUUCGCGAAGUUCUGGAAGAGGUGCGGAGAGUGGCUGAGGAGGUUUUCAAUCAAAUCGUUGGAAAAUCUCAAGUUCAGCUUAUGGAUCUUGAACUCAUCCUCAAACUACUUGGUAUUUCCAGGCAACUCCGACGAUCAGGAACCGGCCCACAUAUCGAUUACUCCUCAAUACAGGCCUACUCUAGGUCAAUUAUAGCCGCGUUGCAAUCACGGAGCCCAGUAUUUGAACGUCUUGCAAGUAUUUCCGCUGCAUUGGAUGUGACAGUUUCUCCUACCACUGGACUAGGCCUGACAGAAAUCUGGACGCAUUUGUUCGCACCAACGACUAUCAAAGUCUCCCUUCCCGAGAUCAGAAGUCUUGAGCAUGCCGCUGGGCAAUCACACGAAGGCUUGAAUCAACACAGUAUGGCUUCGUUAUCUGCCCUCGUCCGCCGCAGGCAAAUUCUAAAUGUCUUGUCCCUUUAUACACUUCCGCUCAUGAGCACAGUAUCCACUAACUUAGAGAUGGAAUUGGCACACACGGUGAAAGAAAAGCUUACGUUGAACUUCCACGGGAGCAGUGAUUCUUACAAACGACAUGCCAACCCUUCUCUCCUUAUCUGCGAAUUGCCCUUGUUGAGUGACAUUCGCCAGGCAUCAUCAUCUACCGUUUCUUCUGCCAUGAAGCGCUUGAUCGACGUGGCAUGCGAGGAACCACGCGAGGAUCUCAUUCGCUUUACAUCGUAUCAGCAUUUCAUAUGGGUACAUGACGCAGGAGGGGGAGACUCGUUGGCUCGCGAGUCUGUGGAAUUCAAGCUUAACCCAGGCCGAAAUUCUCGAUGGACCGGAUAUCCUCCUUUGUCCGACUCUUCUUCGGACCUCCAUAGAACUGAACCAAGCGCGGAGCGUCUCGCUAACAUCCCUCGAAGGGCACGAAGCUUCUGUUCAUCGUCACCUACGACUGCUCUCUAUGCAAUGUGUUAUUCAGUAAUUCUUAACCUAUCCAUUCCCGAUCUUCCGGUAGACCCCGCAACCGUGAUUCAUCGUUUAGCGGAAUAUUCGCAAGAAGAGAUUGAUUUUCUGUCGACCCAGUCGUCUUUCCACAAAGCAUGGGAACACCGAACCACUGGCAAUAUAUUCAACUGUGACAUACAAUAUCUCGAUGUUUGUUCUGAAGCAGAACACAAAGAUAUGCCAUUGGGUUCCUCAAACCUUCCACGACGACCUGAUUGUAACCGCAUUCACACAUUUUGGUCUGAGGUUUCACAGUUUCAAAGUCAAGUCAUCCAACCCAGCAAGGUCGACGAUUUGACUGCCAUUCUCGAAAUCGGCGAUGCUUCUUCUUUCGCGCGCGAAUCCGUGAUGCAGGAAUCAAUAUCUGGGUUUUGUCGACGGAUGGAUGAUCUUUACCGUGACUUUGGAGAUAUUGCAAAAAUUAUUCACCUUGCGCUCCUGCUCCUCCGUCUCGGAAUCCGACUUGUUCGCUGUUCUGCGCAGCAACUGUCCUACGCACAACACGCUCAGCAGAACAUACUUGCUGCUUCCCUGGUGACGUAUCCGUCUCUUCGCAGUGCACAGCUGUUGCAGACGCAACUUCAACGGGGAGCUGCAUCCGGAGCAUCUCCCUCUGACCAGGUCCUACUGCAUGUGUCAGCCAUAGGCCUCUGUGCUGCCAUAUCCGGCCUCGCUCCCCAUGCUGCUGCUGUCCAUGAGGUGUAUGAGCAAGCAUUCAGGCUCUGGACCAUGGACCGCACUCGCCAAAAUGAGAAGGAACAUGAUGACUCGUCGCUAUACAGACGUAGCACCCUUAAUCACGAUGCCUCCACGGAAGCUGAAGCCGAGCAGAAGGAGUUUUUGGAGCUGUUCCCGACAUUUGAGGACGCACUCGCUAGUCCUAACGAUAUACCCAACAAGAUUCACGACAAGCCCUCUGAGUUCUUUAGUGUUUCUGCAGCCGAAGCGCUGCUGGGGAUGCAUUUUGGACUCGCUGGAGUUGCUAGUAUCAGCAUCAGUGUUGGAGGUCCCAAUACGAGGUUUGAUUCAUCUCGUCGGUCGGUUUUGAAGACGCUCCUCGACAAUCGAUAUCCCACUCUCCCAGACACCCUUGACGAUGAAUCGUUGCACGAACAACUUUCUUUGAUUCACGUUCAUCUUCUCGCGCUGAAGUCUCAGGAGCACCCUACUGGCCAGCUGUUCGACUUCUACACUGACGCGAACUUAAGAGAGGCGAAGAAAGCCCUUGCGGCGGUGAACUCUCUUAGAACGCGGUUGAUUGCGCUUGUCGAAGAAUGGCCAGAUCAGAUGGUUUUGCAGCACCUGAAAGACCGUUGUGAUGCGUACUUGGCCCUGGACAUAAACAGUCCCAUUGCCAAAUUGUUGUCCGGCCUGGAGCAAAUCAUACUGCAGACAGAUGACUGGGAAAUGUACGCACACCGUGACAAUAGCCUCAAGGCACAUCGGCAAGAGUUCACAACGCUCGUUGUAGAAUGGAGACGCUUGGAACUGUCGUGCUGGAAAGUGCUAUUACAGUCUCAGUCUGACUCGUUCGUCAAAGGAGUUUCGGAAUUUUGGUUCCGGCUGUAUGAUCUCACCGUGCGCGGCGCACUUAGUGCAGCUCACGAGGAUGAGGGCGAAGCUCUCCAACAAUAUCUCAGACAGCUGCCAUCGCUCCUGGACGACUUCGUGCAUUCCAGCGCUCUAGGUCAAUUCCAGGUCAGAUUGGAUCUCCUCGAGACUUUCAGGGUUAUCGUCGUUCAUAUCGCGUCUACGUUGGAUGGACAACAGCGCAAUGCCCUCGAACGUGUCGGACUUGUCUUGACGUCCACUCGGAGAUAUUAUCGAUUAUUUGCAGGCCAGUUAGCCAAAUCUCUGACGGAUCAAAGAGAAUCACUUGAGAAAGAUGUUCAGGCAUUCAUAAAGCUCGCCAGCUGGAAAGACAUUAAUGUUCAAGCCCUGAAGCAAAGUGCUCAGCGAACGCAUCAUCAACUCUACAAGCUGAUCCGCAAAUACCGGGAAAUCUUGCGCCAGCCCAUCGCUGAGCGCAUAUUGCCAACAUUUGCUGGUGAUGCAGAAUGCACCCAGUCAAUAGAUGCUCUGGGUUACUCGGGAGAUCUGCUCUCCGUGGCAUGCACUCUGGAGCGCGGCGACUCUCCACAACCGAACGAAACCUAUGUCACUCCUUCUCACCUGGCCAAUCUGAACCAGACGCUCGAGAGAUUCCAUAGGCUCAUGGACAGUCGUAUUCGGGCUUUCUUGCGCCGACGUCUCCCUCAUCAUGUUGACCAAUUUGCGGUCGAAAUCAUCCUUACCGCACGAGACCUGGCAGCAGAAGGUGUACCUCCAGAUCUUUCCAAGGAGAAACGAGAAAAAUACGUCAAGGGCCUGCUGGUUCGCAAAAGGAAGGCUUUGAGCGAUCUCUUGAAGGAGCUCAAACGUGCCGGUCUCGCUGCCAAUGUGAAACCAGAAGUGCUCGCCAAGCUCAGAGAUGAAUACUGGAUACGAGUGCAACCGUCGAUGCCUCCAGAAAGCUUAAUACAUGUCGAGAAGGGGGAGUAUUACUUCGACCGCCUUCGUGGUGCUCUUUCGGCAGUCAGAGCCUUAGUUUCCGAUCAUCACUCGGACAUAAGCACGCGUGAUCUGCUUCGAGGUAUUGCCUUUGUCGAGUCUGGUUAUUCAUUAGCUCUUGAGGCGAGGUCUUCGCUAUCAACAGCUUUUCAGUAUUUCAUCGACAUCAAACGAUGCGCCGAGCGCCUUCAGACCCUCGUCGAAGCACCUCUACUUGUCACCAAAGGAUUCUCCCCCACUCGUCUGAUGCAUCUAUGUCAAGCACUCGGCAACGCCGUUCAUGCUUUCGAAGAACUUCUCCAAGGAAUUCGCCUUUUCAUCGAAAUUCAGGAGGACCAGGGCGUCGCACCAUCAGUCAUGGUUGAGGUCCAAUCAGUUUAUGCCAAGACACGACUUCUUCGUGACCGUACUUCGGAGGUUCUUCAGGGAAGUCAGAACACAAUGCCUACGGUGCUACCUGGUGUUGAACACGAAACUGUUAAAGAAGCUGAUGAAUAUUUCCGUGCCAUUCCCGCCUACCUCCAAAAGAUGAAGACGAUGGAACCACGACUUGGUUACAUCUUGUCUCCUAUCGAGCACUGGCUCCGUGAUCAAUACGUUUCUACAGAUGCCGAGACAGCACCUGGAACUGUAGAAUCAUUAGGUGCGGAUGUCAUCAUCGAGACGCUUUUGGUUGUAGUGCAGUCCCUCUUGAAAAGAUGUCCAAAUGGAUCUAGCGAUGAGUCUCCUGAUGAUGAAGCCCAGGAUAAUUUUAUUCGAGAGGACUUGCGCACAAUUUCAGGCUUCACUCGAUCCUUGGACCUUGAAGUCCUCCUGGAACGGCUGAAUGUCAUGACGACCCAUCUUUCCUCCCUUUCACAAUCCGACAUCCAGGCAAGUCUUCGACGCCUCCUCCCAUUUCUCCAAUGCUACAUUUCUUUCGUGGGAGAACACCUCAUGGUGCACAGUCAAUGGACGAAGGCUCUCUUCAAGCUUGACUUCGUUGUUUCCUCUGUUAUGCAUACCCUCGCCAGGCAAGGCUUUUGUUUGCCCCCGGAUGCAACUGAUUCGGGUGAUGUCGAAGGUGACACUGAGACCGCCGGGGGCGUGGGCUUAGGUGAGGGAACGGGAAUGGAGAACGUAAGCAAGGAGAUCGAGGAUGAAAGCCAGGUUGAAGGCUUAAAAGGGGACGAAGGUGAAGCCCAAGAUGAGCAGGUGCACGGAACUGAUGAUAACACCAUUGAGAUGAGCGAGGAUAUUGGUGGGGAGAUGGAAGAUGUGCCAGACGAUGGAGAGCAGGACGGUAGUCAGGAAGAUGAUGGCGACGAGCAGGAGGAGCCGGAUGAACAGCUGGGGAAACUUGAUGCAGGUGAUCCGAAUGCAGUCGACGAAAAGUUGUGGGGCGACGAAUCUGCGGAGUUAGAUUCUGCUGAUCAGGACCAGGUCCCCCAAGAUCGCUCGGAGACGCAGCAAGAGGAAUCAGAGAUCGUAGCCAAGGAGCACACCCAAUCAAAGAAAGAUAGUGGAAAGGAGAAGGAGGAAAAGAAAGAUGGAAUGUCCGAUGAAAAAGGUGAAGAGAUUCAAGAAAGCGAAGAAAAUAAGGGCGAAGAACCCGACGAAGAUUUGGAGGCCCCAAACGCGAAUGGCGCGCCCAUGGACGAGUACAUUCCCGAUGCCAACACCCUGGAUCUACCUGAUGACAUGACUCUGGAGCCCGAUGAAGAAGGGGAUCAAGGAGGACUCGACAUGGGAGAUGAAAUGGACACGGAGCUAGACGAAGAUGACCAAUACGCCGACGACAUGGAGGAAACGAAUCAACCUAAGAAGGAUGAGUCCCCGGAGGAUGUACCAGAACCUCAAUCGCAAGAACACCAACUGCCGGAUCAGCCUCCCCAAGCUGCAGACGAUGCAGACAAUGUAGAAGAAGAUGUCGAGGAAGGCGCUGUUGCUCAGCCAGAUAUUUUGCCUGGGAACGGAGACACUGGGAACAAGGACAAUGAGUCGCAGGCCAAUGAUAGUGCACAACAAGGGCAGGCAGGUGACGCGUCUGGUGAAAUGAGGGACGAUGCCGCGGCAACUGAACAGAGCACCAACGAGACAUCUGGGGAAUCAAAACCAAGAGAUGAUGCUGAACCCUCAAGUCCAUGGUCUCCUACCGAUAUUGACACAAAACCAGGUACAUCAGCAGAGGGCACGCAGCAUGGUGGAGCCUACGCCCGCCAACACACCGAACUCACUACGAACCCUAUCCGCAAUCUUGGUGAUGCACUUGAAGAGGUACAACAGCGCUUCGAAGACAUUCUGGGCGGUGGGGAGCCUUCCCCGCCUAUUGCAGACCAAGCUGCCGAACAGGUCGAAUAUGCUGAUGCGGACGAGGAGAUGCAAGCUCUGGGUGCGGCAGGCGAGGAGCAGGUCGCGAAGCUGAAUGAUCUAAGGCUUGUUGAUGAACAAACAGAGGCAGCUGCACUACCCAUGGAUAUCGAUACUCCCGGAACGGACGAGCUUGUGCGACCACAGCCAUUGGCCUCGUUGCAUACAGAGCCAGCGACUGAGGGUGCACGUCCAAACAUAGAAGGCGCUAUCACUCAAUCGGAGAUGCGCUCUGCCGCGGACCCCGAACAUGUUUCCUCACGCCGUGAUCCUUCGUCUUCACACGCAGAUGUCGAUGAAGAGAUGGAACAAUCCGGUCCAGACAGAUCCUUUGAAAACAUAGAGGUGGCCCUCCGGACCUGGCAGGAUUCAGGCCAUACCUGCGAAGAUGCCGAGUCUCUUUGGCGGCUUUAUACCUCCCUUACACACGACCUGUCUUACGCUCUUUGCGAACAACUGCGCCUCAUACUUGCACCCACCCUGGCCACUCGUCUCAAAGGCGACUACCGGACAGGUAAAAGGCUCAACAUGAAGAAGAUCAUCCCUUAUAUUGCCUCUGACUAUACCAAGGACAAGAUCUGGCUUCGGCGCACGCGCCCCAGCCAGCGCGAGUACCAGGUCCUUCUUGCACUUGACGACAGCCGCAGUAUGGCAAGCUCUCGCAGCGUACAUCUUGCUUAUCAGACGCUUGCCCUCGUGAGCAAUGCCAUGGGAAAACUUGAGGUCGGCGACGUUGCAAUUGCUAGGUUCGGCGAGGGCAUGGAGCUACUUCAUGGCUUCGACGAAGGACCAUUUACAGAUGCUGCCGGUGCAAAGACGCUCGGUGCGUUCAGAUUUGAGCAGCGUGCAACGAACGUCCUGGAUAUGGUAGAGAGGAGCCUUGAAGUGCUAGAGAGCGCUCGGGAAAGAAGGGCCACUGGGUCAGCAAGUGCAGGUGAACUAUGGCAGCUAGAGAUCAUCAUUUCGGACGGUAUCUGUCAGGAUCACGAGCGUUUGCGGCAGGUGCUGAGACGGGCAGCAAGCCAACGCGUUAUGAUCGUGUUCAUCAUCAUCGACUCGCUGCACUCGGCCUCCACUUCUGUGCAAGGGCAAACACAAGACGCUUCUGCUGUACAGAACUCAAUCGUUUCGAUGAAUCAAGUCGCCUACACGAUGGUCAACGGGCGCAUGGAGCUUCAGGUGGAGAGGUAUCUGGAUUCUUUCCCAUUUGAUUACUAUGUGGUGUUACGAAGUGUUGAAGCGUUGCCUGAAGUACUGUCAGAUACGCUCAGACAGUUUUUCGAAAGGAUCUCGGAAGAGUAG